UCAGGCGUCAUCUGUUUCCUUGGCACCACGAUGUUUCUUGUCUCUCCAGUUUUCUCCAGUCUCCGUUACAGAACGUGGAAGGUAGCGCUCUUUGAGCAAUAGAGCUAGGCGAAACGGACGCCAGGCGCCAGGCUCUCUCUCUCUCUAGCCACGCAGCAGCCAGCAGGCCCUUCCCUCGGCACUUCCCUGAAAUCCCUGCAACACCGGACCGAGGUCCGUAGUCUGGACUGGCCGGCUGGACAACAACUCGUAGCUCCGCUCCGCGAUGCUGCGGUGUGCCAGGGCGUGAACUUGAACGUGAAAUGGGCCAGAGCGUCUCAUGAGUACCAAAUUUUCACUAAGUUGGGAAUGUGUAUUUUGGUUGGCAGCGAAAACGUCUGUCACGUAUAAGAAUUUAGGUAUCAGGUACCUUAGACUUCGGCACCUCAUUGACUGCUAAAUUGCCCGUGUCAUAGUUUUAAAAUGUCUGACGAAGAAGUAGAAAAAUUUGAGGUAACAGAUUACGAUCUUGAAAAUGAGUUCAACAUCCAUAGACCCCGGAGAAAACAAUCUAAAAACCAACAAAUAUAUGGUAUUUGGGCAGAUGACAGUGGUGAUGAAGGGGAAUCGAGUGGGCACAGAGGAUUUGGAAACAAACCAAGAGGUCGCAUGAAAUUUGAUACGAGUGCACCCAUAAGCUUCAUUGCUGGUGGGGUUCAACAAGCUGGAAAAAAAGGGAAAAAAGAUGAAGAAAAGAAUAAGAGUGAUGAUGAGAAGAUGGAAGAAGAUGAGGACGAAGACCAACCUAGGAGAAGGUUUGGCAGCAGUUCAAGCGAUAGCGAUGAUGGAGGCCGGCAAGGAUUUGGUUCAAAGUCCAGUACUACAGAAAUUGAUGGUGACAUUGCUGGAUUAAGAAAAAAGAAAUAUGAAAAAAGCACAACUUUAAUGACGAAAGGUGUUGGAAACUGGGAAAAGCAUACCAAAGGUAUUGGUGCAAAACUCUUAUUACAGAUGGGUUAUCAACCGGGUAGAGGUUUGGGUAAAGCUUUGCAAGGAAUCUCAGCACCUGUGGAAGCACAUUUGCGCAAAGGCCGCGGUGCUAUAGGUGCAUAUGGGCCAGAAAAAGUUACUAAGAUGGUCGAUCUUCGCCCAGAGUUGAGGAAAGAAAUAGAAAAGGAUGAGGAUGAUGCAGAUAAGGUGGAGGGAAAACUAACCCAAUGGAGGAAAGAAGGGAGUAAAAGUGCCAAGGUCAAAUACGUGUACAAGAGUAUUGAUGAUGUCUUGGAGGAUCAGGAUAGAGGAAAAGUCUACAAAAGAGAAUUUAACCAACUCUCAAAAGUUAAAGUAAUUGACAUGACAGGUCCUCAGCAACGUGUCUUGUCAGGUUAUCAUGCUAUAUCAGGUCCUCAAAGGCCUGCAGACGAAUGGGAAACCCGCAAGGAGAAGAAGUUUACCAAUUUUGCGCUUCCAGAACUACAGCACAAUCUUAAUCUUCUCGUAGAUAUGUGCGAACAGGACAUUAUUGCAAAUGAUCGCAAACUCCGUAUUGCAAGAGAUAGGACUGUUUCCCUUGAACAGGAAGAGCAAGUUCUCAGCCAGAAAAUGGAGCAUGAGACAAAACAGAUAGAAGCUUUGGAAACCCUAUCAAGCAUUGUUGAUCAGCUUGAAAACAAAGCCCUUGACCUUGAACAGUGUUCUAAAGCAUUCAAACAGCUUCAGGAUCAUCACUAUGAGGCUUAUAGAAUGUAUGAUAUUGGAGACCUGGCUCCAGAUAUCCUUAAGCCAUUAUUCCAAGAGGAAAUGAAAGAUUGGAAUCCUUUUCUUCAGCCUACUAGCUUUUUGUCAUUGUUUGGAAGGUGGAAACGCAUAUUGGAAGGAGACAGUCCGGCUCCCUACAGUGCUUCAAUUGCCAUUAGGGACCCAUACCAUCGUCUUGUAUGGGAAAUAUGGAUGCCUAUUGUCCGCACCUUUAUUAGUACAUGGAAUUGCCGGGACUGUAUACCACUUAUAUCAUUGCUGGAGGAAUGGAUGCCAUUACUACCAGAGUGGAUAUUAGAAAAUAUUCUAGACCAGCAAGUUCUGCCACAUCUGACUCUUGCUGUUGAAGAAUGGAAUCCUCUCACAGACACAGUACCUAUCCAUACCUGGACUCAUCCUUGGCUUCCAUUACUAGGUCGCCGAUUACAUGUUACCAUUUUUCCAAUAAUAAGGCACAAAUUAAGUUCAGCUCUAAUGAAUUGGCAUCCAUCAGACCGUUCAGCACACCUCAUGCUGCAACCAUGGAGUAAAGCUUUUGACAAGGGAGACAUGGAUGCGUUCCUCAUUAAAAAUAUCUUACCCAAGUUGCAACUAGCGAUGUCUGAGCUUGUCAUCAAUCCCCACCAGCAACAUUUAGACAAUUGGAAGUGUGUUAUGGUUUGGGAAGACAUGAUGCCAGUGCUCUCUUUAGCUUCUCUUCUUGAUAAAAUUUUCUUCCCAAAAUGGCUGCAGGUCCUCACUGUCUGGCUUAACCACUCCCCUGAUUAUGAGCAAGUCUCUAAGUGGUAUUCAGGUUGGAAGUCCAUGUUUUCAGAAGUUUUAUUACAGCAGCCUGUCAUUAAAGAACAUUUUCGCAAGGCUCUGGACCUCAUGAACAGAGCAGUUUCAAACCCUGGCCAGUCUGUAAAUCCACCGCCUCAGGAACCUGCCUACCAAGAACCCACUUCCACGCAACACCAGCAGAGAUACGAGGCAAUGGCUGAAGCAGUGAAGACCGCUGCUCAAAUUCCUCAAGGCUUCAAGGACUUACUUCAGAAACGGUGUGAGGAAAGAGGAAUAAUGUUUGUUCCUUUAGUUAACCGAUGGAGAGAAGGAAAGCAAAUUUAUAAAAUGGGUACUCAGCAAAUUUAUAUCGAUAGAAGUGUCAUUUUUGUCAGUGGGCCUGGUGGAGUGUGGCAACCUAUUUCUCUCAAAGCAGCUUUAGAAAUGGCCGCUUUGUAGGGUUAAAUGUAAAGAAAUAAGCAAUUAUCAAAAAAUAUUAUUAUAUUUUCAACAUUGGUUUUUACACAAGAUAACUGUAACAAAGAUCUAUGCAGUGUAUGUAAUUAUAAGAUGGUUGCACAUUACAAAGUGUGUUAUCAUU